CAGUCUCAACAACUACCUCAUCACCAACAACUACAACAACAGAAUCAACAGACAAUGUCAUAUAGCAACAACAACAACAACAACAACAACAACAACAACAACAACAACAACAACAACAACAUCAGUACAGUCUAUCAGUUGGAGGUACUGCGGGUGGUGGAUAUCAUCAACAAUCACAAUCACCAUCAACAUCAACAUCAUUAUCUAGUAUCAAUCAAGGUCUAUACCAACAACAACAACAACAACAUCAACAACAACAACUUAGUAAUUGAUAGAGAU